UAGGUUACAUUUAAUCUAUGAUUCACCUGUCAAAACAGAUGGUGUAUUUACCAGCAAAUGUAAAUUUUCCGAAAGACAAUCUUUUUUAACCGAAUUGACUGCUGCAUGAGUUGAUAAAUAAGACUGAAAAAUGACCGUGGUAGAAUUUUUCGGAUGUAUGUUCCUGGCGUUCGGUCCACCCUUCGCAAUGUUUGUGUUCACCAUUGCUCAUGAUCCUGUAAGAAUCAUAAUACUGAUAGCCGCAGCAUUCUUCUGGUUACUUUCUUUACUUCUAUCCUCGUUUUGGUGGUUUAUAGUUUAUCCCUUGAGAAGUGAACUUGUUUUCGGUUUGGUUUUCUCCGUUUUGUUCCAAGAACUAUUCAGAGGAAUCAUUUAUAUGAUAUUGAGGAGAGCCCAAGUUGGAUUAACUAAGAUAACUGAUGAUACUACAACCCUCAUCGAAAAUAAACACAUUUUGUCAUAUGUAAGUGGCUUAGGCUUUGGAAUAAUGAGUGGAGCAUUCUCACUCAUCAAUGUAUUAGCUGAUGCAGUUGGACCAGGAACAAUGGGAAUAAAAUAUGGAUCCGAAAAGUUUUUCAUCACUAGUUCAGCGAUAACCUUAUGCUUCAUUUUACUACACACAUUUUGGAGUGUUAUAUUCUUUGAUGCAAUGGACAAGAAAAAUAAGUCACUUAUAGCAAUAGUAGUUUUGUCACAUUACUUAGUUUCAUUUUUAACGUUAUUGAAUAGGUAUCAAGUGUACACAGCAACAAUUCUACCUAUUGCAUCGAUCUGUGUUUUGAUAGGAAUUCUAGCAUUCAGAACUGCAGGAGGAUCCUAUGGUAGUUUCAAAAGUUGCCUCGUUUCAAGAUAAUCUAGUUGGAAAUGAUCGUAUUUCGUACCUAUUAAUUUAUUCAAAAAAUUAUGUAAUAAUCCUGAAUUGUUUGAACAAGAGGAUUAAUAAAUGCUGAAGAGAUGUUUUGAUGAUUGUGAUUUCUUUAUAUUCAACUCAUUCUAUUCAAUAAUCGAUAUUGUCAUACAAAAUAAUAGUGUUACUUGUAUUUUUUCAUAUGUUUGAGAAGAAUACUAUCCUUAAGUUGAUAAUCUCCCAAUAUUCUUUGAAAGAAAUUUGUAAUUCAAAGGAAAUUUUCUUUCUUUGACUAACAAUUUGCAGUGAAAAGCCUUAUCCUAUUUCAUCUCGAAUAAUAAUUGACCCAAUUAACUGAAAUAUGUAGCACGCAAAUUGUAAAUAUAGCAUGUAUUCAUUGGAAUGAAGUAUUAUGAUAACUUAUUAACGAACGGAAACCAAAAACUGUUUUAUAUCGGCUUCUAAUAUGUUUUAUAUUCUGAUCAAUUACAGUUUCAAACAAA